AUCAUGUUAAGUGGAUGUCGACCAACGACUCGUACUUUGAUGCCGAUGGAUUGUCUUUCACAUGUUCUUGAGUUUUGAAUCGCUCUUUCAAACAGAUACUGAUUUUUUCAUCUAACGAUGAAAAUCAUGAUGCUAUACAGGAUCCAACGACAUCAACACAUGGUCAUUGGCCCUUCUUUCUCAAGAGAUUAAAAAAAAAAAAAGGCAGAAACUUCCUUUUUUACCUGACGAAUAAAGGUGCACAUUUUGCUUGGGGUGGGAUUCAGAAUCUCUAAAGAUUGUCGGCAUCUUCCUCUAUUCAUCAAGAAUCAUUUUGUGGCCAGCUCUCUGUUCAUCUGUAGUUCGGUGAUGAUCUCUGGUCAAAUCUUUACCAACCAACCACUUGUAAAUAAAUGCGUCUCCUUUUAGCUCGUUUCUCGUCACUCUCCCUCUCUGACUGUGUGGCAGAAGCCAGCCUGCAAAAAGCGCCCAUUGGAUCAUCAUAUCACCCCCAAAAACUCCAAACUUCUUCUUCAUUUUUAAAAUGACUCUGUUUCCCAAAUUGCAGCAACCUACCAACCUCCUGCUCCAGCCCUUUUAUGGUUACAAUCCUGCCAGCAAUUCCAUGAGGUAGUUACUUUGAUUACUUAACGAAAGAAAGAUACCAGCUUUGGCCAACUUGAUAAGGUAUCAACUCCAGAUUCUGCUACCCUUUGGCGAACUUGAUAAGUAAAAGCAUCUUUCUCUUACCAUGGAUGGCUUGUUGGGGAUGUUUUGUGGGAAAACGGGGACUCCUGAUGGAGGACAACAGAUGUUGAAUUCCGUCGCCAUGCUGUUCUUGUAUCAUCCCAGUUCGUGUGCCAAUCAAGCAAUCGUGAUCUGCUUCGACUUUGUCCUUCUUGCCCUGCUCCUGUUCAACUUCAUACGAAAAUCAACAUCAUUUAAAAUGGAUAAUGUUCCACCACGAUUUCGUGCUCGUUCGAGGUUGCAGAUAAGAUCUGCAGUCUUCAAUGGCUGCCUUGGUCUUAUCUACUUGUGCUCAGGAGUAUGGAUUGUAGAAGAGAAGUUGAGGGUACCGUUGUUCCUCCAUGGCUCGACGUGGUUGUUGAUUGGUUUAGUUAUAAGCCUUCAAGGAAGAUCUCUGCCAGAAUUCCCACCCAAGCUUCUCUCCAUUUCGGCAUUGUUGUUCGUCUCGGUCGUGUGUGGGUUCUCUGUGUUUGGAGCAAUUGUAGAUAGAGUUGUUGGGGUGAAGGUAGUUGCAGAUGUUCUGUCACUUCCAGGAGCUUUUCUGUUGGUGUUAUGCGCUCACAAGGCGCAUGAUAGCAGUGAAGAGGCUGCUGCCAAUGGCCUGUAUGCUCCUUUGAGUGGCUGUGACAGAGUAGCGAAAGAUGAACUCACUACUCCAUUUUCGAAAGCAGGAAUCUUUGGUACCUUGUCAUUCUGGUGGCUGAAUCCACUCAUGAAAAUCGGCCGAGAGAAGACGCUGGAGGAAACCGACAUCCCCAAGCUGCGCCAUGCAGAUCGAGCGGAGACUUGCUACAUGGUCUUCCUCGAACAGCUUAGCAACGAAAAGCCAUCUGCACAACAACCACAAGCAUUAAUGUGGACGAUAGUGAGAUGCCACUCGAGAGAGAUUCUCGUUUCGGGGCUGUUUGCUCUCUUGAAGAUAGUCACAGCCUCAGCUGGUCCCAUGCUUCUCAACUCCUUCAUACUCGUCGCAGAAGGAAACUCCAGCUUUGAACAUGAAGGCUAUCUGCUCGCUGUGACCCUUUUCCUGUGCAAAUGCUUGGAGUCGUUAUCACAGAGACAAUGGUACUUCAGGUCUAGACUCAUCGGCCUAAUCGGUGAGUUCCCCUUCUGGUUUCACCAAACGUGGACGACAAGCUUGCAGCUCUGCCUCUCGCUCGUGAUCCUCUUCCAUGCAGUCGGCUUAGCCACAUUCGCUGCAAUGGCAAUCAUCCUGCUGACGGUUCUCUGCAAUGUUCCGCUUGCAAAGCUUCAGCACAGGUUUCAGACGAAACUGAUGACAGCACAGGACGAGCGGCUGAAGAGAUGCGGGGAGGCUUUGGUGAAUAUGAAGGUGCUGAAGCUGUACGCCUGGGAGACACAUUUCAGGACUGUGAUAGAGAAGCUGAGGGAAGUUGAGUACACGUCGCUGAGAGCUGCGCAGCUCCUGAAGGCGUAUAAUGGCAUUCUGUUCUGGUCUUCACCUGUUUUGGUCUCUGUUGCUACGUUUGGAGCUUGUUACUUGCUCAAAGUUCCACUUCAUGCAAAUAAUGUCUUCACCUUCGUGGCAACGUUGAGGCUGGUUCAGGAGCCUGUGAGGUCGAUCCCUGAUGUUAUUGGGGUGGUGAUUCAAGCGAAGGUGGCAUUUGCAAGAAUUGAGAGGUUUCUAGAGGCGCCAGAGCUGCAGCAUGUGGGCCACGGUCAACGGAGCAGCAAUGUGGGUGGUGGUGAUUAUACCGUUCGGAUUAAGUCAGCAGAUUUUUCAUGGGAAGAGAAUUCUUCAGCAAAGGCUACACUGAGAGACGUAAGUUUGGAGGUCCGACCUGGUGAGAAGGUGGCGGUCUGUGGGGAAGUAGGCUCCGGCAAAUCAACCCUUCUGGCAGCUAUUCUUGGAGAAGUUCCAAACACUCGAGGAUCUGUAAGUCUGUCGAAACUCUUAUGGCAAUGAAAUUUUGCAGUAGACUGGAAUUCUGACGCUGUUGUUACCACCACAGAUUCAAAUUCAUGGGACAAUGGCCUAUGUUUCUCAAACGGCUUGGAUUCAGACAGGGAGCAUACAAGAGAAUAUCUUGUUUGGAUCUCCCAUGGAUAAACUGCGAUAUCAAGAUACUCUGGAAAGAUGUUCCUUGGUGAAGGAUCUUGACCUGCUGCCCUAUGGAGAUCGAACCGAAAUCGGAGAAAGAGGAGUCAACUUGAGUGGUGGUCAAAAACAGAGGAUUCAGCUUGCUCGUGCUCUCUAUCAGGAUGCUGAUAUAUAUCUCCUGGACGAUCCAUUCAGUGCUGUGGAUGCCCAUACUGCCACAAGCUUGUUCAAUGAAUAUGUUAUGGAGGCACUAGCAAGGAAGACGGUCUUUCUCGUGACCCACCAAGUAGAUUUCUUGCCGGCAUUUGAUGCUGUUCUGUUAAUGUCAGAUGGAGAAAUCCUACGAGCAGCUUCUUACAACGAGUUGUUAUCAUCUAGCCAAGAGUUUCAGGAACUCGUUCAUGCCCACAAGGAGACAGCUGGCACCGAGAGGCUUGCUGAAGUUUCUUCUGCACAUAAACCAGGAGUAUCAUCUUCCAGGGAGAUAAAGAAAACUUAUGUGGAAAACCAAACGAUGGUGGCACAGGGAGAUCAACUUAUCAAGAAGGAAGAAAGAGAAAUGGGAGAUACAGGGUUGAAGCCAUACAUUCAAUACCUGAAUCAAAAUAAAGGAUAUCUCUACUUCUCCCUAGCUGCCAUUAGUCACCUCACGUUUGUGGCUGGUCAGGUAUCACAGAACUCGUGGAUGGCUGCCAACAUCGAUAAUCCAAACACUAGCACGUUGAAGCUGAUUGGAGUUUACUUGCUAAUUGGAGUUGGCUCAACAGUGUUUCUGCUUACUAGAGGACUCUCCACUGUAAUUCUGAAUAUGCAAUCUUCAAGGUCGCUUUUCUCACAGCUGCUCAACUCCCUCUUCAGAGCACCCAUGUCGUUCUAUGAUUCCACACCUCUUGGACGAAUACUUAGCCGGAAAUACUAUUUCUCAUCUGCGAAAGAGUUCAUGCGGAUAAAUGGCACCACCAAGUCCUAUGUGGCAAAUCAUCUGGCGGAAUCCGUAGCAGGGGCAAUCACUAUACGUGCUUUCCGACAAGAGGAGCGUUUCUUUGCCAAGAAUCUGGACCUCAUUGACAAAAAUGCUAGUCCUUUCUUCCACAGCUUCACAGCAAACGAGUGGCUGAUUCAACGGUUGGAGACCAUGAGUGCAGCCGUUCUAGCUUCUGCAGCUCUCUGCAUGGUUCUGCUGCCUCCAGGGACUUUCAGCUCUGGGUUUAUUGGAAUGGCACUCUCCUACGGUCUUUCCUUAAACAUGACCCUUGUCUUUUCGAUUCAAAACCAAAACACAUUAGCGAACUACAUCAUUUCAGUUGAAAGACUCAAUCAGUACAUGCAUAUACCCAGUGAAGCCCCUGAAGUGAUUAAAGAAAACCGUCCCCCACCAUCCUGGCCAUCAGUGGGGAAAGUGGAAAUUUGUGACCUGAAGAUAAGGUAUAGGUCUGAAGCACCACUUGUUCUUAAAUGGAUCAGUUGCACAUUCCAAGGAGGGCAUAAAAUUGGCAUCGUCGGGCGAACCGGCAGUGGGAAGACCACUCUCAUUGGUGCUCUAUUCCGUCUGGUUGAGCCAGCAGGAGGCAAGAUUGUUGUGGAUGGUAUUGAUAUAACCAAGAUAGGACUUCAUGAUCUUAGGUCAAGAUUUGGAAUCAUACCUCAAGAUCCCACUUUAUUCAGUGGAACUGUGAGAUACAACCUGGACCCCUUAGCUCAGCACACUGACCAGGAGAUAUGGGAGGUACUAGGAAAGUGCCAGCUAAGAGAGGCCAUCCAGGAGAAAGAAGAGGGAUUGGACUCCUUAGUUGUUGAGGAUGGAUCAAACUGGAGCAUGGGGCAGAGGCAACUAUUCUGCUUGGGCCGAGCGAUCCUAAGGAGAAGUCGAGUCCUUGUUCUCGACGAGGCAACAGCUUCCAUAGACAAUGCAACCGACUUGAUACUGCAGAAAACCAUUAGGACCGAGUUUGCAGAUUGCACAGUCAUCACAGUAGCUCACAGGAUACCAACCGUGAUGGACUGCACCAUGGUGCUCGCCAUUAAAGAUGGGAGACUGGUGGAGUAUGAUGAGCCUAUGCAGCUAAUGAAGAGGGAAGACUCCUUGUUCGGGCAGCUUGUCAAAGAGUACUGGUCUCAUUCUCAAUCUUCAGAGUCCCAGUGACCCCCAAAAAAAGAACUUCUGAGAAGCCUUGUUGUGCCAGAAUUUUCCUCUCGAAUCAGCAACUAGACCUUCUGGUUGUUGUAGCCUUGCAGAAACUGUUGUAACUAAUCAGUAACUUGCAAAAUGAACUGGGGAGCCAGGCGCGAGAAGGAAAACUGCUAGACCUUCAGUCUAGAAUUAGAUUGUAAAAUGGCCCCUAUCAAGAAAUUGAAUGUAAGCAAUCAAUUCAUGCAAAGAGCAACACCUAUUAUCAAGCCAGAAAUUCUGCAAUCACUAAGGUGUCAUAUUACUCAAUAAACAGAACACAACUGGAAUGAGUGGAAGGCACUUCAUAUUACGGUCUCAAAGCUUCAUUGCAGUAGGCACAGCAAAAACAAGGAAACGAAAGCUCCAAAUAUGAAGUAACGCAGCAAACCAUAAGGAAGAUUGAAGAACUAAGGUCCUCCAAGAACAGCAUUCUCUAUAUCCUCCCUACUCAAAGCAUAACUGAACCUCCUCUCAACAUCCUUCUCAAGGCUCCCCGGUCCACUCUUCAAGUACCUGAUGUAAAGGUCGGUCAGAUCGAGCGAGAGCUGAGCGCGCCAGUCGGGCUUCUCCACCAACCAAACGGCGCGGUCUUCUUUGCUCUGGCGAAACCCUAAUUCCUCGAGCCAAGCCUCGAUGCAAGGCAGGCUGUGCGAGUAGAGUGGCUUCUUUUUAUCCGGAGCCCUCUCCCGCCAAUCGUCCUCCUCCUCCUCGCUCGCCGGCGAUCCGUCGUCCAAAUUCGACGACCUACAGGGAAGUAGCUUCACUGCUUUUCUCCGGCGACAGGAAGGCGUAGGCCGCCGGAAAGAAGACGGGUGUAAUGUGGGGAGGGAGCUGAAUUUGGACGGAGGAGUUGAGAAGCGGAUAGAGAACGCUGGGAUGCUGGUGGUUCCGGUAAUGGAGGAAGAGAUGUACGACAUAGUGAUUGCGAUUGAAUCUGUAUUUUGGGAUUAUGGUUUCACCUGUGAGAAGUUUCAGUGUCUGAGGGAAAGGGGAGGAAAUGGAGCGGGUGAGUUUCAGUUUCUUAUCUUCAUC